AUGGGGAAGGACGGCGAGAAGAAGGAGAAGAAGGAGAAGAAGGAGAAGAAGGAGAAGGCGCGCCCACCGCCGCCUGGACCGCCCAUCCUGCGCGCGGCGCACCUGCGCACCGCGGCUCGCACCGGCGCCGGCGCGCCCUGCGCGGCGACUUCUCCGCGCUGGCAUCAUCCCGCCGGGGUUGUGUGCAGCGGCUCGCGAGCCGUGCCCUCCAAGGAGCACUGGCGCGCGUUUUAUGCCCCGGAGCGGCCCGUGGGGCAUCCGUCGAUGAUCUGCGACGCGGGAGGCGCAGUCAGGCGCACGCCGAGACUGCCAGACGCGCGCUGCGACGACGACUUGAUCGCGGAGCCCACCGUGGCCGUGCGCCCCGCGCCCCCGGGCGCUGGACAGCGCGCCACUGCUCUGUCCCUGCGACGAGCGGGGGCGGCUGGGCCGCAUGGCGCGAAAUGCGCGGAGUUCCGCGACACCGCACGCCGGAGGACACCUAGGCCUUGCUCUCCGCCGCCCGGGCCGCACAUUCCACGCGCGCGGCCGGCGGGGAGCCCUGCGUGA